AACCAUAGGGUAUACCUGUCUAUUCAUCAAGCAAACCAAUCCCAAACCGCACAAAAACUGAAUCCAACGGCCACGCUUCUCCGUACGAGAGAGACCCUUUUAGCCCACCAAAAAUUUCUAGCCACGCGCUUCACCUCGCCAACCAUCACGCCCGCGAUCGUCAUUCUUUCUAAAGAAAAGCGAAAGUAAACGAAAGCGAAUGUAAGAGAGGAGAGAAAGAAGCUUAUGUUAACAGAGUUUUAGUUAGUUAGAUUUGUGUUGCUUGAUAGAUCUGGUUGGUGGGAAACAGUUUUUGCUGGAUUAAACGUGACGUCUUGUUGGGUCAACAAAUUUUGGCUUCUAUAAUUUCAGUUUGCCUUUUUUAUAAAGGAAUUCCACAAAUGGGGUUGAGCGCUUUGGUUCGUAAUUGGAUUUUUUAAUUGUUGAGUUGGCAAAAUAUUGGAUUAGUUGUGAGCUGAAUUUGAAGUGUUGUUGUGGUGUGGCAUCUCGGUGUUUGGAGGAUGGCUUGGAAACUUUCUGAGCGUUGCUAGUUUGGUUAGUUAGCGCAGGGGUUGUGGAAGUGACGAUUUAAGAUUGCAGGUUUUAUGAACACUUUGCUAUCAUAGCUGAAGGUGCCUGAACUGAAUAUUCAUACACUUUGGGCACACACACUGCAUAAUGGCAGAUGGACUAUCAAGCUUCUGGGGUCCUGUCACUUCAACUGACUGGUGUGAAAAAAAUUAUGUCUACUCUUCUUAUGUGGCAGAGCUUUUCAAUACUAUUUCAAAUGUACCUGGCAUUCUUUUGGCACUUAUUGGCCUUAUAAAUGCCUUGAGACAGCGAUUUGAAAAGAGGUUUAGUGUUCUUCACAUAUCUAAUAUGAUACUUGCCAUUGGCAGCAUGCUAUAUCAUGCCACUCUGCAACAUGUGCAACGGCAAGGUGAUGAAACACCAAUGGUGUGGGAAAUUCUCCUAUAUAUCUAUAUUCUCUACUCACCCGAUUGGCACUACAGGAGUACAAUGCCCACCUUCUUGUUUCUUUACGGUGCUGCAUUUGCUAUUAUACAUGCGCUGUUUCGUUUUGGAAUUGGCUUCAAGGUACAUUACAUCAUACUGUGUCUUCUUUGCAUCCCUCGGAUGUACAAGUACUACAUCCACACUGCAGAUGUAUCUGCAAAGCGUCUUGCGAAGCUAUAUGUAGGCACCAUAAUCCUAGGAAGUCUUUGCUGGCUAUUUGAUCGCCUGUUCUGUGAGAAGGUGUCUACUUGGUACUUGAAUCCCCAAGGUCAUGCAUUGUGGCAUAUUAUCAUGAGUUUCAACUCAUAUUUCGCAAACACAUUCCUGAUGUUUUGCCGUGCCCAACAGCGGGGAUGGAAUCCAAAAGUUGUUCACUUAAUGGGAUGUUUCCCGUAUGUGAAGAUUGAAAAACCAAAAACCCAGUGAAGAAUUGCUGAACAAGAAAAUUAUACUCUCCUCUUGCUCACAUUUUGUUGGUAGGUGUAUGGUUUCGGUAAGUCAAGCAAUAGCAAUUUUAUAAUUCUUUUUCCCUUAUUUCCUAAAAUAGAUGUAAAUGAUAAUUGGAUGUGAUAUGACCUGUUGAGAUAUUAGUUGAUUUUAACUGUAAGAAAAGUGUCAUCUUUUUUCUCAUUUUCCAAAAGAGGAAGCAGAAAUAUUUGGUAGCACA